UGAAGAUUUAUGCAAUCGUAACAUCGGAAGCUGCCGGGGAUCGUGUGCGUGUGUGUGUGUGUGAACGUACGAGGAACGUGGCGCAGCUGCUGGCAGUAAGAUGAGUUAUGUGCGCCACACCACCGUAGUCGCCGUCUGCCUGCCAGUUCUUGUGAUCAUCCUAUGGGUGCCAGCAUUAGAGUCUUACAGUAUUCCUCAGCAACAGUCCACACCGGCAUUCGGUGGCAGUUUGCUGAUACGACCCAUAGCGUCCUCGAUCGAUCGAGCUAGCCACGACGAUAAACAAUUCACACCGAGGAAGUUGCAAUCGCCCAAGUCACAACUGUUUAUACCGGAGCAGUCACCGGCACCGGCAACUGACCACGGAUUUGCCGGCUCAUCCGAGCACGAUGGAUCGAUCGAUCGUAGCUAUCGGAAGGUGAAGAAGGUGGUGGUUAAGCAUCGCCGUCAUCCGGUGCCGCGACGAAUAAAGCCGGGCUGGAACCACCGGAAGCGUCGGAUCAAUCCCCAUCUCUUCACACCGUUCACCAAAUGGGGCCCGUGCGAUCACUAUUGCCACCAGAAGCGGGAACGGUAUUGCAUCGCCAAGCGCAAAUGUGGCAAUCACAUCCAGACCGAGGAACGGAUAUGUCCCAAAAGCAUUUGUGUCCCGCUGCACAUUCCACCGAUUCCGACCGUCCACAUCGAGGAUACGAAGGAGGAGUAUCAUUUGCCGGCACUUCCGCUGAAUCAGUUCACGAUCGUCAACUUCGAUGGGCACGUGCAGAAGCAGCUGCAGCAGCACGGUAAAAAGAAGAAGAAGAAGAUCAUCAUCCAGGAGGACGACGAGCUGGACGAUUCGGACAGUGACACCGAUUACGUUAUACUGAAAAGUCCAUCCGCUUCGAAGUAUCCGGCGUUUCAUCGCAAGGAAGAGCUGCUCUCGCAGAUGAUUAAGGGCAAACCGCUGCUGAUCAAUCUGGACGAUUUCGAUGACAAGCGCAUUCUCUCGCCCGCCCUGUCACUGGCACCCCAUUACGACAAUGGCUACGAAACGGCCUCCCAUAAGUUUGUUAAGUAUCCCAGACAUCAGCAACCGCACCAGUAUCAUCUGCCGCGAAGGCAACCGUCAAAGUUGAGCGACUACUUUGAGGAUUACUACGAUCAUCUUUAUCGCGAUGGAACGGGGUUCUCGAAUCGGAAGGGUGAAGAAUAUCCCGACACUGGCGAGCAGGAAGAAUGGCGUCCAUUUGUUCCGGUGAGCAACGGGAGCAAACAUCGAGGAUCGGAACGGUUAGAUAGGAAUUAUGGCGCCGCCAUCUUUCAACACACGACCGAAACGGUGGAGGACAAGAUGAUGAAUGAUUCCACCAGCACGCAGAAGUAUAAACAGCUGUUGGAAUCUUUUUCCACGGCGACCACGGACAUGGGCGAAGGGCGUUAUGCGAAGCGUGAAGUUGAGGAGGAAUCUUCCGACUCGAUCGAGGAUGAUGAACAGCUGGGGAGGAUGCUUAAGUCGGGACCUGGUUUAGCGCAGCGGAAAGCACGCGAGAAGGCUGUCUUCGAGAUGCCCCGCAAGGUGGAGAACCCAUACACCAAGUGGAGCAAAUGGACCAAGUGUACGGCCAAGUGCACAACGAGACGAUUGAAACGCUGCCGAAUACCUUCCUUCUGUGGGAACGAUGUCAUCCGAGAGAUCGCCUACUGUUACACCGAGGGAAGCUUCUGCGAGGAGUGGAUCGGGAACCAGCUGUACCAGAACAGUCGCAACGUCAUUCUACCAUCCUCGACUACGACCACCACGACCACUACAACGACCACAACCACGACGACACCCCGACCCAACAGACCGAGAAGACCGCAUCCGAAUGGGUUGGGCCGAAGCGACACGGGCGUAUCCAUUCCGUCCACGAUGUCGGCCCAGAUAUUCUCUAGCCGUCGUGGUUUGCUGCAACCGGAGUACAUGCCACAGCAGAUGACCUGCGGUUUGCCCAUGGUGCGUGACAAACCAAAGAAGAACUAUCUCUACAACAUGCUGCGAAUCAUCGGCGGUAAAACGAGCCGCCGUGGGCAGUGGCCUUGGCAGGUGGCCAUAUUGAAUCGUUUCAAGGAGGCUUUUUGUGGCGGAACUUUGGUGUCUUCCCGGUGGAUUCUAACUGCGGCCCACUGCGUACGGAAGCGGUUGUUCGUGCGGCUGGGUGAGCACAAUCUCCAGCAAUCGGACGGUACGGAGAUUGAGUUUCGUGUGGAGCUGAGCAUAAAGCAUCCGCGGUACGACAAGAAGACGGUCGACAAUGAUGUGGCACUGUUGAAACUGCCGCGAGAGGUGGAGCGAUCAAACUUUAUCGGUUAUUCGUGCCUGCCGGAGCGAUAUCAGGCUCUCCCGACCGGGCACACGUGUACCAUCAUCGGAUGGGGCAAGAAGCGCCACAACGAUGACGCUGGUACGGACAUUCUGCACGAGGCGGAAGUACCGAUCGUACCGAACGAACGGUGCCGGGCCGUGUACCACGAUUACACCAUCACGAAAAACAUGUUCUGUGCCGGACACAAACGGGGCCGGAUAGAUACGUGUGCCGGAGACUCGGGUGGUCCGCUGUUGUGCCGCGAUGCCACCAAGCUUAACAGCCCCUGGACCAUCUACGGUAUUACGAGCUUCGGUGAUGGCUGUGGGAAGCAGAACAAGUUCGGCAUCUACACCAAGGUGCCGAACUACGUCGAUUGGAUCUGGUCCGUUAUUAAUUGCGAUGGAAAUUGUCGAACGUGAGAGCUUGGUUGCAUUAACUUAUUAGCGCCGGUAAUAAGAUGACCCGUAGCCGGUGUAAUGGCGCAGAAUAAUGCGUCUGUUCGGUAGAUCGGAACGCCAGAGAGCAGCCCCGGGACAGCACCGAACGACGAACAAUGAUCUUUGAUAAUUAUUUAUUUGCGAAUAAGCCAGAUUACUGUGUAUAGUUUAUUUACUGUUUAAAAGUGCGAAAACAAAAGAAAUAAAGUGAUAAUUACAGGUUUACAAAAUGGA